CAAUAAAUAUCCUUUCCGCUAACGCACUUUUCUAACGUAAACGUCGUUUUUUUUUUUUUCUUUAUUUUUUCUUUUUCUUUUUUUUUGAGGCGUUCAGUGGAAUCAAACUGCAAAGCGGGUCAAUGUAAUAUUGAUGUUAUCAUUGACACCAUACAUAAUGAGCGGUUGUUGUUUGAAGCCGGCUGCUACACGUAUCAAAUAAUCAAUUGUUAUUCAUUGUAAUACUGCUGCAUCACGCGCCCUGUUUCAAAGUCAACAUGGCGUCAGAGAGUCCGUCAACAUCUCUAGCAGCUGUUGCUGGAAGUUCUUUUUUCAUCGAAAACCUGUUGAAUCAUUCAGUUAGAACAGGGAAAGAAAGGCACUCCGACAGUUCAGCAUGCAAACUUUUGAAUUAUUCCUUUUCCAGUCCAUCAUUGGCAAUUGUUCCUGGGUCUGUCCCUCAGCGUUCAUACAAUGGGCUAAACUUCCCUCUGUGUACCAUUCUCUCGAAAUUCAACUUUGGUGAAAUUUUUUACCCUCACUCAGUGAAAAUUUUCGGCCAUUCUACAGUUUCAAACAGCAGACAUCCACUAGGUAGGUUCAUAAGGUGUUAACGAGGAUAAAUUGUUGUCUUUAAUGUCAUUGUUCUUGUGGUUCCUCAAACACGGCUGUAACUCAGUUCGAUUUCCUCUAUGAUACUUUCGAAAAGGUAGGAAUGAAAGUUAUACAUUAAAACGGUUUUAUGUUUAAAAAGUCAGGUGAAAUACAAAAAAAGUGAGGUAAUGAUCUAGCAUGGCUUAGAACAACGUUCCUUUCAUUACGAGUGAACAAGUUUAAAAUCUCUUUCACAAUUCAUUUGUCUAGAAUAAACACUGCAUUAGAGAAACGAAAAGAGAGACAGUAAAAGAACAGAUGAGCGUGUUUCUGAUCACGAACUCAUUCUGCAAUUAAAUUGUGAUGCGUUACCUCUCAAAGUAUAUCCGGAAAGGCUACGAAAUAUUCUUAAACUAACACGAUUUUUGAAUCCUGUCAUGAAAGUAGUUUACAACCCAAGUUGACAACAGAAAUAACCGUGACUCUUAAGGAGUAGGUAUUUCUCUUUAUUCAUCUACACUUGUUAAGGCUAAAAGCCAUUGCGCUUAAAUCUAGAGCAAAUAGAACUCGGUUGCUAACACUUCGAUUUAACAUUGGAGGUCUUAGUUCAAAGACAACAACUAUGUUAUAACAAAUUAGGGAGCUAAGUAAUAGUAUUCACAGUAAACUCACCCAUGGAGCGAUCCCUUCAUGUCUUCCUAAUUUAAUGCGUCUUCAUCAGUGUAUGUAGAGGCUUAUAAUUUAAGAAAUGGUUUCCCAUUCACAACCAUGUUAUACGGCAAAACUGGCUAAUGUAUAUGUGGCACAAUCACCGUUAUAAAAAGCAACAUUGUCGAGAAGUCAUUCUCUGGUAACUUUAAAAGAUGAUGUUAGACUUUGUAAAAAUUUGAUUAUUCCUCUCUACGAUCCAGACGAAGUGCCUUUCCAAAGUAAACGAAGAAGGCCAAUGAAGAAAAGGAAGCAGCGUCAAUUAUUUUCAGCCAACCAGAUUGAGACCAUGGAGAAGGAGUAUACAAAAUGCCAGUAUGUAACUGAAAGCAAGCGGGCAGAGUUAGCUUCAGUAUUAAAUCUGACGGAGAAGCAAGUGAAAACCUGGUUUCAGAAUCGAAGAACAAAGUCGAGGAGGGAAGCUCAAGACAAACAAAGAGUGUUAGUCCUCGGAAACCAGAAGGCGUCCUUUAGCAUUCUGUGACCGACAUUUGCUCCAAAGUGACCGGGAUUUUCCAAAGCGGGAACACGUAGUGUAUUCAGUAUUCUAUUGUGCGCCAAGUAGUCCGUCAUAUUUGCCUCUUCAAGGCCGUUUAGCUGGAUUAUAAUGCAGUUAUUAACUUAACACUUAAGUAUGUAUGAAGGACAAAUGGAAGUGUAAAGUAUCGGUUCAAAGAACUCUCGUCCCAACUGCGUUCAUAACACGGCUUGGCUGUUGUAAUUAGGAACCUGAAAAAUUGAUUCUCAUCAUUUUCAGUUGUCAACAUGCAUUGUAUAACCUUUCAAUGAUAAAUUCCAUUCCUAAGUGUUUGACAGGUAUAUUGGCCGUAUUGUAAUUUAAAAAAGUUCUGCGGUUUUGGUGGGCGUCUUGGUGAGCGCCGUUAUUUACAAGAACAUGUUACAAUCACGGUCUUUCAACG